GUGUAAUUCGCCAAUGCUUACGCCCUGUCUCGUUAGAAUAGGGGGAAUAAUGUUAUUGUCUGUAGUAAAUACUGAUUGAAAAAAAAUGUUCUAUGCGUUGGCUUUCGCAGUUUCUUCCUCUGGGCUUAAAUGGGACGCUUCUCCAUCAUUGGUGCGAAAGUGCCUCCAGAACCUUCCCGGAUUAUUACGCCCGUCUCGUGCUUCUGAAAAGAGCUUGCGGUAUUGGCGUGAACAGACAGAGUUCAUCACUUGUGCAUGUGCAACACAUUGGCGGAGGCAAUACGAACUGCAUUUCUCACUAGCUGGACAAGUCGGAAUGGCAAUGCACCUUGGAGAACAAUACUCGAAUUGUGAAAGUCUGGUGGUUUCACAGAACUUUGUUUUAUGUCAAGAUGGGCUGACACCAUGUCACCUGAUGCUGUCACUCUCUGUUCUAUCUGUGUCCCCUCUCGCCUCGCACAUAAGCGCUGCAGUUUCUUCAGUGCUUCUGAGGGGAGUCACGGAUAAUUGCAGCUGUCAGGUGGCUAAUGUGACAACGGCCAGGGAGCUCCAGAGGGCAUUGUGCACAUUCGAUGCGGUGGGGUGAAAGCAAGCUUCUCCCAUCUCCUUUCCUCUCUUACUUGUGCCUGUCAUGUAUAUACAGACUCUGAACACCCCCCCUCCCCCCCCGACGUGGUGUGUGUGACAUCAGCAGCAGUCCACAGCAGCAGCUGGAGUGGGAAAGUCAAAGGAAGAGACAAAGAAAGCUUCACUUUAAAACAAAAUGCGUAAAGGUUUCUAUGCUUACCCAAUGAGGAAACCCGUCCGUCACGUAAGAUGAUUGCUUUCAAGAUAAGGCCCGCAUGAGCGAGCGAAUUGUAAGAUCGGGCCUGCGCAGCCGUGCCAUAAGCAGCGGCCGCUGAUGUACAGUUGAUAAUGGUUUGCAUCGAGAGGAGGCAGCAUCAUUGACCACAUCUACUUAUGACGUCUACCUAACGUGACACUGUUCAAUUAUGUCACGUAGAACAGCACGCAUUGGCCAAUGCUCAUCUUCCAUGAAGCAGCAACAUCAUCCAAAUGCACCAUGAUAUAAAAGGAGUGAACAGUGCUACUACUGGCCUCUGCUUCAUACUCAUGCUGGUCUCAGUUUAACAUUUCGGUGUUGCAAAUGCGCUUCUCCAUUUCAUGAUUUUUUUCGUGGCGUUUCUCGCAAUUAUAUGAAACGCAGCAGCAUAUGACGACAAAACAGUAGGUGAUCAGUCGCAAAUGCUUAUGCAUCAUUUAGAUAACUCCCACAGGAUACUCUGCAUGUAAUUUUAUCUUUUUCCACUUUCAGUAUGCUUCAGCGCUAUGGUAUGCUUGACCGCGUAACCUUGCUAUGUCCAGUGUUCGUGACCCCUUCCCACUGUUGGUAUACUUCAUCACAAUGCUAAGUGCAUGGUUGAAUGCGUAACACCACUGUAUUGGGAUGAAGUUAACUUAUUGGUCUGACAUUACAGUUUUAAUUUAGCGUACGCAACUAUAGCGUAUGCUAUACGCUAAAGUAUAUAUAGCGUAUGCUAAGCAGCACACAUUUCUUUAGGUUGAGUUGGCCUGUGAGAUGUUCAGAUCUUAGAGGCCAUGUGCCGUCAUUGCGGCUAUCUCCCGACUGUAGCUAUAGGUGGUGCUAACAUGUCGGAUGUUUCUUUCGUUAGGUUUCAACUCACUCGAAACGAGAAGCGAUCUCGAAAACACCACAAGGUUAUCCAUAAUACUCUGUCGUCGAAGCAGCCUGAGACUAAGCGAAAGCCAUUUACACAGUCAGUUGCAAAGAACGAAGUCCAUUUUACAAAAGCAACGCCAAAUUCAAUUCGAAGCUGGCAGCCGGGGCCGCCGCCAUGUUUCACGCAAAUUCCACAAACCACGCAAAGACACUAAUGCUAAAUCUGAGAAAUAGUGCGCGUACGCUAUACGCAAUGGGUCGUUUAGCGUUCUGCGCAUGCGCAGUGAUGACCCACUAUUUUAUAGCGUACGCUAAACUAAAACUGUCUAUUAUGCAGCACAUUUUAGAUGCUUGCUGGUUUUAAAGUCCGAAAGCUGAGAUAGUACAACAGCGUCGCACACUAUCACAUGAGGAAAACGAACUGCUGCAUGCAGCAAGUAGCGUCAGCAUAAGCACUAGAUUACAGUUGAACAGCUCUACAAUGAAGACCACAAUUAAUUUGCCUGUAAAACAAAGAAACUUAUGCGUCCCUGACGGCUGAUUUACGUUUAUAAAACGAAUGCCGCACCAGUGCCGCCACUGCCCCGCGAAGAUGUCACCAGGGUAAGCUGUGCGCUAGCGCUAACAGCAGUGUAUUUGAAGAGCGUGCUGAUAUUACUAGUUCUGUUGCCUUGCUCCAGGAUUCACUCACCUCGUAUGCUACUUGUUGUGACGGAUCAACGGCUGACGAAUGCAUGGAUAGGCCGCGAAUGUCAACGAAGGCGACCAAAAAUUUUGCAGCAAGGGAGGCUUAGGGGCACUAGACAAUCGGGGGCUUUGCUUUGCAUGGUUCCUGCAUUUGGUUGGAGAGCAAGCUGGGAACCUCAAUGGAGCAUAGGGUGGCUACAGUAGAACGUGCUGUCAGGGAUAUUUUGCAGAGAAAAAUUAGCGGUCUAUUUCAUUAAGUCUCCCUUGAAUUCUUGUUAAAGAUUUUCUUUUGUUGAAAGUGCUUAGCUAUUGUGAGCAGUGAGCUGCGCAACCUUUAAAACAAAGUGACCUGCAUAGCAAAGGAUUUUGAAGGUGCGAGCACUUUGUUAAAAAGGCGUUUGACUACACAGAUACAUUCAGAGCAGCGCUUUCUACCCUUUAGCCCAUGCAGAAUUUGUAGGUCCUAUUUGCGCCACCAGGAUCUGCCGAUGUACUGCAGUGAAGCCUUUAAUAUGUGUCCCAAUGUCCAAUGCUACGGAGUUCAACAUAUCCAUUUAAUGUCUGAGCAAGUUUGAUGUAUGAAGUUUCAUAUACAUGUAAUUCUCUUGGUGAUUCACCAGCUGUUAUUUAAGCAGUAAUUCUAUUUAUAAUUGUUUCAUAUAACAAGGUUUAAUUGUAAUGAAUUAUUGCUAUACGACAUUCUUU